AUGGCGGCUCCGGCUCCACGGCCGCCCGGCCUGUGCUGCUGCCGCAAGGGCUCCGCGGCCGGGCCGGAGGCGCCGCCGGCCCCGCCGCCGCCUCCCGAGCCGCCGCCGGACGUGGCGUCGGCGUCCAGCUCACAGCUCUUCAGCCUGAGGCACCUGCACCUGGGGCUGGAGCUGCGGCCCGAGGCGCGGGCGCUGGCGGGCUGCUUGGUGCUGGAGCUCUGCGCGCUGCGCCCGCAGCCGCGCGCCCUGGUGCUGGACGUGCACCCGGCGCUGCGCGUCCUCUCGGCCGCGUUCCGCCGUGCCGCGGCCGGGGAAGCGCCCUGCGCCUUCGCCUUCUCGCCCGCCGAGGCCGCCGCCGCCCCGGCCCCCCCGCCCGCCACCGCCACCUUCCUCUCGGCGCCCUGCAUCGCCGCCGGACCGCUGCCCCCCGCCGCCCCCCCGGGGGACCCGCCCGCCGGCCCCCCGCCCGCUGUCGAGCCGCCGCCGCCGCUGCCCCUCUUCGCCCAGCCGCCCAGCUCCGCCUGCCCAGUCGGCUUCAGGGUGGACCCCUUCACCGACUACGGCUCUUCCCUCACUAUCUCCCUGCCCGCCGCCCUCCAGCCACAUCAGCCCUUCCAGAUCAUCGUCCGCUACACCACGGCCGACGGCCCCGCUAUCUGGUGGCUUGAUCCAGAGCUGACAUACGGCAAUGCCAAGCCCUUUGUCUUCACACAGGGACACUCGGUGUGUAACCGCUCCUUCUUCCCCUGUUUUGACACCCCUGCAGUGAAAUGCACCUACUCAGCUACUGUCAAGGCUCCAGCAGGCAUACAGGUGUUGAUGAGUGCCACCCAAAGUUCCUACCUAGAAGAGGAAGGUGUAUAUCAAUUUUACAUGGAAUAUCCAGUUCCUGCCUACUUAGUGGCCUUGGUGGCUGGAGACCUCAUACAUGCAGACAUAGGUCCAAGGAGCAGAGUGUGGGCAGAGCCUUGCCUGCUGCCAACAGCCAUCAGCAAGCUUUCUGGCAUUGUUGAACGCUGGUUGACUGCUGCAGAGAGUUUGUACGGCCCCUAUAUAUGGGGAAGAUAUGACAUUGUUUUUCUUCCUCCAUCCUUCCCUAUUGUUGCCAUGGAAAACCCAUGCCUGACCUUCAUCAUCUCUUCCAUUCUGGAGAGUGAUGAGUUUUUGAUCAUUGAUGUCAUUCAUGAAGUUGCCCACAGCUGGUUUGGGAACGCGGUCACCAACGCCACGUGGGAGGAGAUGUGGCUGAGCGAGGGCCUGGCCACCUACGCGCAGCGCCGGAUCACCACCGAGACCUACGGAGCUGCAUUCACUUGUUUGGAGACUGCAUUCCGCCUCGAUGCUCUCCACAGACAGAUGAAGCUCCUUGGUGAAGACAACCCUGUCAGCAAGCUUCAGGUUAAACUGGAGCCAGGUGUAAAUCCCAGUAAUUUAAUGAACCUCUUCACCUAUGAGAAAGGCUACUGCUUUGUUUACUACCUGUCCCAGCUCUGUGGUGACCCCAGACACUUUGACUCCUUCCUAAGAGCCUACAUUGAGAAGUAUAAAUUUACCAGCGUUGUGGCUCAAGAUCUUCUGGAUUCCUUCCUGAAUUUUUUUCCAGAGCUGAAAGAGCAAUGUGUUGAGAGCAAAGCAGGACUGGAGUUUGAACGUUGGCUCAAUGCUACAGGACCUCCGUUAGCUGAGCCAGACUUAUCUCAGGGAUCCAGUCUGACCAGACCAGUGGAGACACUCUUCAAACUCUGGACCACAGAGCCCCUGGACUCUGUUGCUGCUGCCAGCAGUGUUGACCUCACUAAAUGGAGAACGUUCCAAACUGUGCUUUUCCUGGACAGAUUGCUGGAUGGAUCACCACUGCCACAUGAGGUGAUAAAAAAGCUCUCGGAAUGUUACUCCUCCCAGCUGGACUCCAUGAAUGCAGAAAUCCGUAUCCGCUGGUUGCAGAUUGUAGUCCGAAAUGACUAUUAUCCAGACCUUUACAAAGUCCGUCGCUUCUUGGAAAACCAGAUGUCUCGGAUGUACACAAUUCCACUUUAUGAGGACCUUUGCACUGGCACCCUCAAGUCUUUUGCCUUAGAAAUUUUUUACCAGACCCAGAACCAGCUACACCCCAAUUUGCGGAAAACGAUCCAACAGAUCUUAUCCCAGGGCUUGAAUCCACUUCCUGCCAUAGACACUACAGCAGUCACUACAGACACACCAGCAAUGGUGCUUGAGGACAAAGUCUCAGAGGCCACAAAUGGUGCCAUUUCACUCAGGGAUGUCAACGUGUCUGCUUAGAUCACCAGUUCAUGCCAGCCACGAAGCUUGAAAAUGGGGACAGAAACAGAGGAAGGAUACCGAGCGUUGCCUCCUUUCCUUCAGGCUUGCAGCUGCAGUGUGUUGUAACUGGAUUUCUCUCCCAAAACACAAAGCAAAUGUGCCUUCAAGUAACCAGCGUUUGAUACUGCCAGGUUUCAGAGAUCUCUGCCAGCUGUGUGAUGAAUAUUUUGAUUCAGUUUUUACUGGGCAGGGACUCCUGGGCUGUUACUUCUCCAUGGAAAGUGGAUAGUUCCCUUUCCUGAGGCUCUUCUGGAUGGUUUCUCCGGAUUUGUUGUUUGGUGGGGGGCAGGUUCUUUUUCUUACUAUUUUUUUCUUUUUUUUGUCUGAGGCCACUGAGGCAUGUCCUACUUGCUGUGUGUAUGUUGUUGGGGAGUGUGUAUGUGUCAAGCUGUCGUCCUAAUAUUUGGGCUAAAGUUCUGCAAAAGAGAGACUCAGGAAUUGUUAGUGGCAGCAAACAUGUUUCCAUGUUAUGCUCCUUCCUAUGACAGAGGUAUUGUGAUUUGGGAGGAAGGAGACUAAUGCUUAAAUGAUAAACUAAUUUUAAAUAGCUCCUGUUCCCCCCUGCCCAUAGGUGGCUAAAUAAUAAUAAUAAUGCUCUUUAUAUAUAUUAAAAGAUAUAUAAAAAAGAACAGGGAAACAUUAUGAUGGAUUUGAAAUCCUUCUGUAGUUAACCCUACUCUCAAUUUUUCCUUUGCACUCGAUGGGACAAGCAAUAAGGAAAUGUGUAGGCUUGAAUUUUCAAAAAAGUUAAAAUUAGGUUCCCAAAUGCCAUCAAUUCUGGUACUAGCUGGAUGCCUAAAUCUUUUUUAACUGUUUUGACAACUCUAGCUGCAACUUUUGCUAGUGUGUCAGGAUGUGUGGCACAUGCAUCAGAUGCACUCUGUGUGUCUCCUAUUCUGUCCUUUUGGAGGAAUUAACAAGACCUGUAAUUUUUUUUAAGAUCCCCAGCAUAUCUUGGCCUGUAAGUCAGCCAUGAAAAUAUCCAUACUAAGAUUUUACCACCUUGAAUAAUGUUUGCCUGAAUAACAGUUGCCCUGUCAUACGAUAGUCUGAGGGAAGCACUAUCUUUCUUGAUGUAAAACUUUUAAGUCCCACUUUACCCAAGUCUGUUUUCUGACUUACGGUGGGCAUAAGGUGCCAUUUCAUUUCCCUGGUGUGCUGUUUCUCUGGAUCACUGGCCAGCCAUGCAGAAUGGGAAGACACUGUCUUCCCUCUGUGCUGAUUGGUCUCAGGAAGCUGAGGGCAAAGUGUCCUGGGUAUUGCAGAGUACAGGCGAUGGUUCUUAGACUCUGUGCCACAAACUUUUUAACGUGGGUACCCAUGUGCUCUCUGUGAGCUCCCACAAGGCAUCUCUGAGCCGAUGCAUCACCACCAGGAUACUAUGAACAAAAGGCAAAACAUUUGGAAAAGGCUCAGCUAACAGAGAUGUGAGAGAGAAAUUGUUUUAUACUCCAGGGCAAAUUUUAGCCCUGCUAUGGGGAUCUGCAUAGACAGGAAGAGGAGGAAAUUUGAGAGGGUUUUUUUUUUCCUUCACCAAAAGUAUCUGUUUACACCCAUGUGUGGAUGGGGACUUAGGUGCUGUUACUGGAUCUGCAUUUUCUGGCUUUAAAUGAAUUUGGACUUCACCAUAGCCUUAGCCUGGGCUGAACUGGGAUAAAGCAAUAAUAAACUCAGGCCUCUGUAGUGCUUCAUUAGUUUUAAAAAUGGGCCAUCAGCAUUUUUGGGCUUCAGAACUCCAAGCUCUGCUCUUUGCUCCUUGAAUGGGAUUAUCUUCUAAAUUCUGUUUUGUUUUCCCAAAAAGGAUGGAGAAUGAUGUUUUCUACACAAAUCUCUUUCCUUUUCACUUGUUGUUCUAUUGAAAGAGAUUUGUACAAGCUGACUUUACACUUCUGGAGUUGCCGCUGUUGGUGCUGUGUCUCCUGGACCCCACUGCCAGCAGCAGCAGCCUGCUCGAGACCAGGAACCACUAGCAUAUUUUGGAAUCACGAGCCUCUGUUUUAACACAUUUUAUUUAGUGGGAGAAUGUUUGUGACCCUGGUGGGAAUUUUUCAUUUACAUGGAUGCCUUAUGAUGAUUGUCAAAUUAAACUAAGCUUUGUGACAAGUUCAGCCUUUUGGGCAGUUUUUUGGUGUCCCUGUGUGGAAGAGCUAACUUGGUACAUUGUCUUUGUUUUGUUCUUUUCUGGGGUGUAGCAUAGAGGGAGUUUGGAAGCUCUUUCAAAGCUGGACAGGAAGGUGCUGGAGAAGUGGCAAAAGCUAAUGAACAAACGUAAAUAUCUAUUGUUAUUAGAACUGACUGAAAUACAUCAGAUCAGCUCUGUGUUUGCAUAGACACCCGGCAGAGCAAGGAAAUGCUGGCUGAACUGAACAGACUGUUUCCUGGUUAAAGAACACGAGAUGCAAGUUAGUGUUUCUGCUCUCAUCUCUGUGAGAUCCCAUCAAAUGGCUUUUUACCUAGGACUUUCUGAAACACGGAAGCAGAGAAAGAUUUUUUGGAAGUAUUCCAUGCACCCUCCUCCAAGUACUUAUUUUUCUCCUGUGAGUGAAAAAUACAUUUUUUAUUUCGUAGAGACAAAAAAUUGGCAGCAGGUUUGUGGAGAUAAGCCUUCCUUUCGCUGACAGAAAAUAAAUUGGUGCUUCAGGCUACUUGCUGUCUUGAUUUGUAGUAGACUUCACAUUGACAGGCAAAUUAGACUGUGAUUAAAUAUAAACUAUUUGCCUUA